AUGGAACAAGGAUCAAACACGGCAACCCUAAGUACCAGGAAGCCAUGUACUAGGACUCCACUAUCGAAUAUCACAAACAUACCCUCUUUUACAAACCUGCCUAACAGAAGAGACAAACGUAAAGAAAAAGCAAUUAACAAAGACUGGGAAGAUGUACCUCUCAAAGAUUGGAGUCGUAAUCUUUUUGAGGAGGAGUUCAGCAACCGAACGAAGACCAUUCCUAAUCUGUACGAUGAUAAAGAUGAAACCACAGCUGAAGGUGGCUACUUCUCAGAUGAUGGUUUGUUUGAUUCUGAGUGCAGUGAAGAUGAUUUGCACGGCCCAACAAACUCUGAACCGGAUUGCUCAUCUGAAUCUGAAAAUGGUGAAGAACACAGUGCCAGGUCUUCUGGAAAUAAGAAGAAGACACGUGCUAAUCAGUACAUACCCGAGGAGUAUGCAACACUUGGCGCUCCUUCGUACAAGUGUAUUCACUGCCAUGCUCAGCUCUGGCACGAUGAACGUGUGAACAAAGGUGAGGUCAGUUUACCUCCGACACCUCAAACUCCUGCUUACCUGUUGUCACUGUACAACGAUGAAGUAAAAGGUCGUGAUUUCAAAAGGAGUAUUAGACUGUACAAUGCAAUGUUUGCAUUUACAUCUGCUGGGGGGAAUGUAGAUCAUUCUAUAAACAAGGGCAGAGGACCAUAUGUUUACCGCCUCAACGGUCAAAAUCAUCAUGUGUUUGGUUCUCUAAUUCCGGAUGACGGCGACACACCGAAAUUUUGUCAACUCUACAUAUAUGAUACUAAUAACGAAGUUAACAACAGAUUGCGUUGGGUAAAUGUUGCUGAUGGUCAGGUUGUAGAUGCAGAAGUUGUUGAUGGACUGAUCCAAAUGCUGGAUGAAAAUAAUGAAUUAGUGAAGAAAUUUAGAAUGGCACGUGAUAGAUGGGAGAAUAAUGAUUUAGUUGAUUUGAAAUUGGAGCUUAAGGUUUGUCGAUCGCAGUCGGGUCGGGAGAACCAUAUUUCUCCCUCUGACGAAGUUGCAGGGAUAAUGGUUGGUUCCAGUUCUAAUACUACUCCUGACCGUGACAUAAUAAUUGAGCCAAAGAUGGGUAAGCUGAAACGAGUAUCCUAUGUUCAUCCGAAGUUUAUGGCACUCCAAUAUCCGCUUUUAUUUCCGAAUGGAGAAGAUGGCUACCAUGACAAAAUUCCAUUUAAUAGCGCUGAUCCUGAUAAUCUAAGUGAUCGUGAUUACUUAUCAAUGAAGGAUUACUAUGCUUAUAGGUUUCAGAUUCGACAAAAUGAAGCUUUGACACCUAGGCUUGGUGGUAGGCUCUUUCAACAACACAUUGUUGAUGCAUUCUCCUCCAUUGAACAAACACGGUUAUGGUGGUUCAGGAAAAACCAGACCAUAUUAAGGAAUGAACUUUAUAGCCAUAUCUGUGAUUCUGUACGCAAUGGGAAUGCUAAUUCAGCUGAUGUUGGAAAAGGAGUAAUUCUACCUUCAGGCUUUGUCGGAUCAAAGAGGUACAUGCAACAGAAUUUUCAAGACGCUUUGGCGGUUUGUAGACAUGUUGGUCAUCCGGAUGUUUUCCUAACGAUGACUUGCAAUCCUUUGUGGGAUGAAAUUCAAAAGAUGAUGCAAUUGGUACCUGGUUGCGAGACAGAAAACUCACCAGAUAUUAUAUCUCGAGUUUUCCGAUUGAAACUUGAUCAACUAACAACUGACAUUAAGAAGAAUGGCCAUUUUGGUGUUUGUGUUGGAGUUAUGUACGUGGUUGAGUUCCAGAAGAGAGGUCUUCCGCACGUUCACAUGCUCAUAUGGCUUGACAGUGCAUCGAAGAAAUAUCUUAAGAAUAACGUGGACAAAUUUGUGUCAGCAGAAAUACCUGAUCCGGUUAAAGAUCCCGUUGGCUAUGCAGCAGUCAAAGCCUUUAUGAUACAUGGCCCAUGUGGCCUUCAAAAUCCUAAAUCUCCCUGCAUGAAAGGCAUGAAAUGUAUCCGGCAUUUUCCCAAAAAGUACUGCCCAAGAACUAUGUUUGAUGAGAGCGGUUUCCCACUAUACAAACGGCGUCGACAAAACAUCACUGUCAAAGUUCGCAAUGCGGAGUUGGAUAACCAGUGGGUAGUGCCUUAUAACAGAGAUUUAUUAGUCAAGUACCAAUGCCAUAUGAAUAUUGAAAUCUGCUGUCAUGCUCGAAGCCUUAAAUAUUUAUUCAAAUAUUGCUUGAAAGGGCAUGAUACAGCAACUGUUCAUGUCACUGGUAGGAAGCGAACAUCAUCGAAUGUAAAUCCUAAUGAGCCUGUAGAUGAAAUUCAGGCUUACUUUGACGGGAGGUACAUAUGUGGUGCUGAGUCUGCUUAUAGGAUUUUCGGGUUCCCUAUACACCACCGCACUAUCUCUGUGGAGCGUUUACCAUUUCAUUUGCCCGGACAGAAGAAUUGUACCUUCUCCUCCAGCCAGCCUUUACAGAAAGUUGCAGAGAAGGAAAAAGACAAGCUAAGCAAGCUCGAAGCUUUUUUUCUACUGUGUGCUUUCGAUAGUAAUGCCAGAAAAUGUACAUACCAGCAAAUCCCAGAGCACUAUGUCUGGAAUGAUGGUCAGAGGAGAUGGAAUCCAAGAAAGAGAGGUUUUCAAAUUGGACGUUUAUCAUACACGCAUCAUAGUAGUGGUGAAGUAUGGUUCAUGCGUUUGCUCCUCACAAAGGUUUGUGGUCCAACAUCAUUUAAAAGUCUGAGAACAGUUAAUGGUGUAUGUCAUGCGACUUUUCGCGAUGCCUGCAAGGACUAUGGUUUGCUUGAUGAUGACAAAGAGUGGCAUGAAGUUAUACAGCAAUGUGCAAAUGGUGGUUUACCACCACAGAUAAGACAACUAUUUGUGCACAUAAUAGUAAAUUGCAAGGUCACAGAUUUAUUACAUCUGUGGAAUUCCCAUUGGAAACACAUGGUUGAAGACAUUUUACUUAAACGUCGUCAACUGGCCAAGGAUGAUAACCUCAUGCUUAAUGAUAAGCAGGUCCAAUUUUAUGCUCUUGCAGAAAUAGAUGAUUUGCUCAGAUCAAUAGGGAAGUCAUUGAAGAAUUUUCCACAAUUACCACAACCUCCAAGCUCAUAUUUAAACCAUGGUUCCAACAACUUGAUUAUAGAAGAAACCAGUUACAAUAUUGCUGAGAUGAAAGCCGAGAAUGAAAAAUUGUUGGAAACAAUGAAUGAAGAACAAAGUCAUGUGUACAAUGCUAUACUGCAUUCUGUUCAUAACAAAGAAGGUGGACUUUUUUUUGUAUAUGGAAGUGGUGGAUGUGGUAAGACGUAUUUGUGGAGGUCUUUGAUAUCAAAGCUAAGGUCAGAAGGAGAGAUUGUUCUUCCAGUCGCCUCUUCUGGCAUUGCAGCUACGUUAUUGCCUGGUGGUCGCACCGCGCAUUCACGUUUCAAGAUUCCUAUUGUCCUUGAUGAAUUCUCACUAUGCGCCUUUUGGAGGGAUAACAGUACUUUUGGGAGGCGAUUUUAG